GAUAACUGUGCUCAGCUAAUUCACACAAUUUUAAAAAGAAAAAGCAAUGUUUUGUAAAUAUUAAUUGCCUAUUAAACAAUUCAUCAAAAGCAGUAGGGAAGCAUUAAACAACAAACAGCAAAUGUGUGAAAACUUUGCUCUUAAAAAUGUGUAAUAAUAAAUAAAAUUCAGUGAGUGAUUGAUUGUUGAUCGUGAAAAGUGGAGAUUUGACGCUUAAAAAAGGAAAUAUAAAACGUGUUCAAACGCUAUACAAUGUCGGAAUUCACUACGCCAGUAACAGCAACAGCUGUUUCAGUGCCAUCUACAUCGUCUCGACUAUCAUUAGGAGAAGCUGAUCUCUAUAAGGAGCAAUUACCUCCAUUGGGUCGCAAACUUCGCGUAGCAUUAACUACCUGUUGUCGUCCCCAAACGAUAGUACAAAAAUUUCCUAUUAUAUCGUGGUUCCCGCGCUAUCAGUGGUCAUAUUUGUUGCAAGAUUUCAUAGCUGGUUUUACGGUCGGACUUACAACAAUACCCCAAGCGAUUGCCUACGGUGUAGUAGCUGGUCUCGAGCCUCAAUAUGGCUUAUAUUCUGCUUUUAUGGGCUGUUUUACGUACAUUAUAUUUGGUUCCUGUAAGGAUGUUACUAUAGCUACGACAGCAAUUAUGGCUUUAAUGGUUCAACCAUAUGCCAGCAUAAGUCCAGAUUAUGCAAUUCUGUUAUGCUUUUUGGCGGGUUGCACAAUAUUGUUGCUAGGUUUAUGCAAUUUGGGCGUAUUAGUACGUUUCAUAUCCAUUCCGGUCAUAACGGGUUUCACGAUAGCUGCUGCUAUUACUAUAGCUAGUGCGCAAAUCAAUAAUUUGGUCGGGCUUGUUAGUCCUUCGAAAGCUUUGAUACCGUCUUGGAAAUUUUUUUUUACGCAUUUAAAUAAAAUCAGCCGAAACGAUGCCUUACUGGGAGCGAGUUCUUUAGUAUUUUUGCUAAUAAUGAAAAAAACCAAAGAUAUUAGUUACGGGAAUCGCAUAUUUUGGAAAUAUGUAUCUUUGUCUCGUAACGCCUGUACCGUUAUAAUUGGUACAUUUCUAGCUUUCAUUCUAAGCCGUGACGGCUCGCAACCUUUUAAAGUUACUGGCAACAUAACACCGGGUCUACCGCCAUUUCGGCCGCCCCCUUUCAGUACUAAUGUCAACGGAACCACAGUACCAUUUACUGAAAUGAUUGGUACGGUGGGUACAUCUCUAGCUUUUAUACCAAUGGUGGCAAUAUUGGAAAUUGUUGCAAUAGCUAAAGCAUUUUCGAAAGGUAAAAUUGUGAAUGCCUCUCAGGAGAUGGUAGCCUUAGGUAUGUGUAAUAUAUUGGCGAGUUUUGUUUCCUCUAUGCCUGUCACGGGAUCGUUCACGCGCACAGCUGUCAAUAAUGCCAGCGGAGUGAAAACUCCCUUGGGUGGAUUAGUAACUGGUUCCUUAGUUUUGAUGGCUUUAGCUUUCUUAACACAAACUUUUUACUAUAUACCAAAAUCUACUUUGGCUUCCAUUAUUAUAGCUGCUAUGAUAUCUUUAGUGGAACUAAAGAAAGUCAAAGACACUUGGGUGGCAAAGAAAGCCGAUCUUUUCCCGUUUCUCGUUACUUUAUUGCUUAGUUUAUUCUGGAGUUUAGAAUAUGGUAUACUCAGCGGUACAAUUGCGAAUUGUUGGUUUAUUCUCUAUAGCAGCGCUAGACCAAAAAUUGAAUUAUCUACCGAAAAAAUUUCUGAAGAAGUCUUCGGCUUGGUGACUAUUAAGCAGAAACUCGAUUAUGCGAGCGCUGAAUACGUUAAAGAAAAAAUAGUGACGUUUGUCCACAAACAGCAAUCGGAAGGGAUUAAUCUUGUCAUUAUACUUGGCAACGAAAUCCAUGGCAUUGAUUCUACAGUAGCUGCAAAUAUCAUUACUUUAAAAGAAGACCUGCAAGUUCUCAAUUGUCAAGUAUUGUGUUGGAAUUGGAAUAUAUCGGCAGCGGGAGUGAUUUGCCGCUUACAGCCUGAAAUGCGUCCAAUUUUUAAAUUUAAUAAAACCCUUGAAGAUAUAAUUGAGGAAUAUCGUAGCCAACGUCUAUCAAACAAAGCCUCACAAAAUACUCUUUACUCUGAGACGUAAUUUUUUAAAUAAAUCAGAGAUCGUCAUAAAUUUUACACAAAAUUUGUCAAUUUGUAAAUCAUUUACGCAGAAAGAACUGAAGGUCAUUCAAAUAAUCACUUUGAUCUUUCAUUUAACAUAGCAAUCGUCAAUCUCCUUUUCAGACGAAAUCAGAUAUUCAAGAAUAAGAUCAGUUCUCUCGUAAAAGCCUUGAAAAAGCCAUCAGGGGACCUCAAAGUCAACGGCAGCGCGUUGCUGUAUCGAGCUGAACGUUCACUCAAAAAGUUGAAUAUGGUCCGCAUUAUAGUACAAAAAGCUUUCUAUUCGACCUAGAAAAUUGUAGUCAAAAGAAUUGGGCGCUUUUGACUGAAAAAUUUUAUAAUGAUAGAUGAAGAACCCAAAUUUUUGGUAUUUAUGGAGAGAGAGUUUCA